CCUCUGGCUGUAGAUCGCGCUGUACUUGGCCAGGUACCUGUCCUGGCAGCCCGCCCAGCCCAGGAGGAUCACCACGGGCUGACGGCCGGCCUCCGCGCCGCUCCCUGAAACACACCACGGGAUUCACAGCAACGCGGCCUUAGCAACCGCCGUCGGCCGGGCGCCCCGCCCACCGGGAGGGAAAGCUGACCGCCUAUUGGGCCGAGGCGGGGGGGAGGCGGAUCGCGAUUGGCUGCGGUGAGGUGUCAAUCUCCUGAGGAAAAAGGAACUGCCCCGACCCCAGCCCUGGUGUGAUCGUUAGGUCCAGUGGGCUGGGGAGGCAGCCCAGCAGUGGUGAGGGCAGCGUUUGGAGCUAGCAAAGAGGAGUUAUGUGUUGUUUUUAGCACUAACAAACAACUCAGGCAGAAGAGAUCAUGACUUCUGUCAAAGAGCAGGAGGCCAUCAGGAAGCUCAUGGUUUUCCUGCAAGAAUGGGACAGUGGUCACAAAGUUGCUCGAACCCGCAUCCUGGACAGCUUCAUCAAAAGCAAUAACGGCAAGACAGAACCAGAGCUGGAGCUGGAAUUCUCCCAGGGAGCCAGCUUGUUUCUGGCUCGCCUAACAGCGUGGCUCAGGAUGACCUACACGCACAGCACGUGCCUUGACAAGCUGCUCAAGUCUAUUGGCAUCUUCCUAUCUGCUGCAGGCGGGCGCAGAUACCUUAUUGAAUUUCUGGAGAUCGGAGGUGUCAUGGUUCUCCUGGAAAUACUAGGGCUGAACCACCUGAAAGAAGAGGACAAAAGGGAGUCUGUCAAGCUGCUCCAGCUCGUCGCAAACGCUGGCAGGAAGUAUAAGGAGCUCAUUUGUGAGAGCUACGGGGUGCGAUGCCUCGCCGAGUUGUUGGCCACCUCCACCUCAGCAGAGGCUCAAGAAGAAGCGCGGGUUCUGCUGGACUCCCUGGGCCGCGGCAAUCCCAAGUACCAGAACCAAGUCUACAAAGGCCUCAUCGCGGUGCUGCCGUGCGCCUCCCCCCGAGCCCAGCAGCUGGCUCUGCAGACGCUGGGGGCGAUGCAGGAGCUGGUGGGAGAGGCGCCCCCCGCGCUGGUGGAGCCCCUGCUGGCCGUGCUGGGCUCGGCGCACCCGGAGGUGCAGCACCAAGCCCUGCAGCUGCUGCCGGCCCUGAUGCCCCUCCGGGUCCGCCCGGCCCUGCUGGCGGCGCUGGUGGCCGCGCUGACGCCGCCCGGGCAGACAGCGUUCGCCUCCCGCAGCGAGAGCACCGCAGACCCAAACGCGCUGUGCCCGAGGGAGCCGAUGCUGGCGUACAUUCAGCAGGCAGCUGCCGCAAAAGCCAUCGGCAUUUUAGCCAAGGAGUCAGCAGAAGUGGCUGAAGAGCUGAUCCAGCUGAAAGUGGUGCAUGGCCUGAUGGUUGCUGUGGGGAACACGGAACACAUGCCCAGCCAGAGACAUGGCAGCAUCUCCCUGAAGUAUUUUGUCCAUACAUUUCCCUUUGUGGAAGAGCACAUAAAGAAGGCAGUAGGGGACACACUUUUCCAGCUCUUGAUGGACAGUCCUGAGACCUGGUACACAAAAAUGGAUCCAGCCCAGGCUGAAGAACUGGCCUCCAGUCUAGUGGACAUCCCCAAAGACAUGGCAAGGAAGCAGUCCACAGAAGGUUUGCAAGAGUCAAGCAUUUGUUUGAAGCUCUUCCUGUGGAGAAUCUGGAAGACACCUCUCUGAGCAUCAGCAUUGCUGCUGGAGACAAUAUACCAGAUUAGUUGGGCCUUUGUUUGAAUCGAGUUCAGUCUCUCACAAAUAGACUUCACACUUUGAUCUGAAAAGCAGACUUUCCUUCAGAGCCAGUCAUAACUGAUUCAGAGACUAGCAAAGAGUUGCUUGUUUCAACUGCCUUGCUACACAGGUAGUUUCACAAAACGCUUUUCUAUAAGGGAAGUACAGGAGUCAGGGUUCAGGGUGCUUUCUAGGGAUUAUAUCAAGGAGGAGUUUACAAAAUAUUCUCAGAAAUGGGUGCUUGUGUGCACCUUUUUUUUGCAUCUAGUGCUUAAAUGAAAAAAUAAAUCAUUCGUAUGCUUUCUGUAUAAAAAGCUUUAUACCAGAAGUGGGUAGUGUUCUGUUGCAUUCAAGUCAGGCUAUUUCCAAGCACCAUCCUUAGGCUGAGACAAAAGCAAAGCAGAACUCAAAAUUAAAUGUUUCAGCCUUAAAUGUUUCAGCCCAGCAAAUGUCAAACAAGAAGAUCUGUCACCCAUCUCAAAAGUAAAUAUUUUC